CGGACAUCUCAGCUUCCGCAGGAGGGAGAUUUGCACGUUCACAUGAACCUCAUGAGGAAAUCGAAACGAAGUUGAACUUUAAGUUGGAGGCGUGAAAUUUAAAGGUCUACUUCUCCAGUGCUCACGCGGACACGGUAACCAACAGCCCACUCCAGAUGACUUCGGCAGACCCCACGGAGGAUGAGGACACCUUCAAGAUCCUGCUUGCAUCAGACAUCCAUCUGGGCUUCCUGGAGAAGGAUGCGAUCAGAGGAGAAGACACGUUCAACACCUUCAAUGAGAUCAUGAGUUACGCUAAACAACACCAGGUGGAUUUCGUGUUGCUAGGCGGAGACCUGUUCCAUGAGAAUAAGCCAUCCCGUAAGUCGCUGCACUGUUGCAUGGAGACGCUGCGCCGCUACUGCAUGGGGGAUCAGCCAAUCAGCUUCCAGAUCCUCAGUGACCAGGCCGUCAACUUUGGACACAGCAAGUUCCCCUGGGUGAACUACCAGGAUGAGAAUCUCAACAUCUCCAUACCCGUCUUCAGUGUACAUGGAAACCAUGACGACCCUACGGGGGUGGACGGCCUGUGUGCUCUGGAUGUGUUGAGCGUUGCCGGGCUGGUGAACCACUUUGGGCGGAGCCAGUCGGUGGAGAAGGCGGAAAUCAGCCCCAUCCUGCUGCAGAAAGGCUCCACCCACAUCGCCUUAUACGGCAUCGGCUCUAUCCCUGAUGAGCGACUCUACAGGAUGUUCGUUGGUAACCAGGUGUGUAUGCUGCGGCCCAGAGAGGAGGAGGGAAGCUGGUUUAACAUGUUCGUCAUCCACCAGAACAGGAGUAAGCAUGGGGCCACUAACUACAUCCCGGAGCAGUUCCUGGAUGACUUCCUGGAUCUGGUGGUGUGGGGUCACGAGCACGAGUGCCGCAUCACGCCGGAGAGGAACGAGCAGCAGCUGUUCUACGUCACCCAACCAGGAAGCAGCGUCGUGACCUCACUCUCACCGGGGGAGGCUGUCCCAAAGCACGUUGGGCUGCUGCGUGUGCGUGGCCGUAAGAUGCAGCUCCAGAAGAUUCCGCUGCAGUCGACGCGGCGUCUGUACCUGCAGGACGUGUGUUUAGCCGACCUCACACACCUGUUCACCGCCAACGCUCCCAACGCCACACAACGCGCACAGGCCUACUGCCAGGAGAAGGUGGAGGAGAUGCUUGAGGAAGCUGAACGGGAGCGACUAGGAAAUCCCCAAAUGCCGGAGAAACCCCUCAUACGCCUACGAGUGGAUUACAGUGGAGGUUUUGAAGUGUUCAAUGGAACACGUUUCAGCCAGAGGUUCGUGGAGAGAGUGGCCAACCCUAAAGAUAUCGUGCACUUCCUCAGGACCAAGCAGCGCAGAGAGGACAACAAAGAGGAAGAAGAGGAGCUGGACUUCGAGGCUCUUCUCAGUAGAGCAUCGUCUGAUCAUCUGACUCUGCGUGUGGAAGACCUGGUCAAUGAGUACUUCCAGUCCUCAGAGAAGGGCCUGUCUCUGCUGUCGGAGCAGGCGAUGGGGAAGGCUGUGCAGGAGUUCGUGGAUAAGGACGAGCGCUACGCUAUUGAGGAGAUGAUCAAGUACCAGCUGGAGAAGAGCCAGCAGCACCUCAAGCACAGAGCCGUGGAACCCACCAUGGAGACCAUAGACCAGGAGAUUAACCGCUUCAGAGACUCCAAGAAAAACACAACAGAAGAGGAGCAGGAUGUACAAGAGGUCAUGAGCAGAGCAAAAGCACUGCGUACGCAGAACGGCAGUGAUGACGAGAGGCUUGGAGAUCUCGGCCUAUCAGACGGAGCGGAUGUUGCCAUGGAUAGCGAUGACGAGCCCUCCACAGCUCCACCCACCAGGGGAAGGGGGCGUGGCUCUAGAGGCCGAGGGAGGGGCACCACAACAACAACAACAACAACAACCAGCAGAGGGAGAGGGAGAGGGAGAGGUGCCUCAGGGCGUGGUGGUCGUACCCAGAAUGCACCUCUGCAAAGUCCUGUCAAGACCAAACACAUCAUGGAUGCUUUUCAGAGACCGUCUAGAGCUGCAGCAACCGCCAAACGAGACGAGGUGAUCAUUGAUGAUGACUCUGAUGAAGAGAUCUCUUUUGUGAAGUCAAAGCCUGUAAGGACCGCCUCUGUGACAUCAUCGCGUGGGCGCAGCUCACAAAGUCAAAGUCAGUCUCAGAGAGGAGUGUGUUUCGAUGAUGAUGAUGAUGAGGAGUUUGAUCCGUUCAAGGGUAGCAGCAGGCGGGGUCGUAGAUAGCCACGCCCACCGCAGGAGGCUCCAGUUCCAGAAGCUUCUACAGAUGUGUUCCAGUUCCAGAAGCUUCUACAGAUGUGCUCCAGUUCAGUGUGUGUUCAUGUUUCUCUUCUUCACAUGUUCCAUGUGUGUAUGUCAGACACUAAAGACUUUGUACAACA